AUGAGUGCCGGCAACUUUGCCUCCCCAGAGAUAGUCAAAACGCCACAGCACAACGGCAGCGAUCAUCAUACAGACACAGAAUCAGGUGCAUCGACAAUUGCAGCUGUGGAAGGUACACCAAGGGAACACCAUCUCGACGACCGCAAAGAUGGGUCAUACAAUACCUCUGAAGCCGACGAGAUCGCCGAAAUUGCAAGGCGGGAAGAGGCCGUCCACCAACUCGCACGACGGUUGACGUCACAAAGUCAGCAAUCCUCAGGAAAUCAGAAUCCGUUUAAUGCGGCCCUCAAUUCGGCUCUAGAUCCUCAUGGGGAGAACUUUAACGCUCGUGCCUGGACCAGGGCCAUGCUUAACCUGCAGAUGAACGACGAGAACGCCGCUCCCCCUCGAACAGCUGGUGUUUGUUUCCAUGACUUGAAUGUCUACGGGUUCGGUACCGACACAGAUUACCAGAAGACUGUUGGCAAUAUUUGGCUGGACGUAGUCGGCAUGGUCAAGUCGUUCACUGGUGACAAAGGCCGCAAGAUCGACAUCUUGCAGAAAUGCGAUGGGCUGGUUGAAUCUGGCGAGAUGUUGGUCGUUCUUGGACCGCCCGGAUCUGGUUGUUCGACCUUUUUGAAGACCAUCACGGGAGAGACGCAUGGUUUCUUCAUCGAUGAAAAUUCGGCGAUCAACUACCAAGGCAUCAGUCCGGAGCUCAUGCACCACAACUACCGUGGUGAAGCCAUCUACACAGCUGAAGUCGAUGUCCAUUUCCCGGCCAUGACGGUUGGAGAAACUCUCUACUUCGCUGCUCUGGCUCGCCGGCCACGAAUCAUUCCAGGCGGUGUCACCAAGGAGCAGUACGCUGCACACCAGCGCGAUGUCAUCAUGGCCCUGUUCGGAAUAUCUCACACUAUCAAUACUCGUGUGGGUAACGACUUCAUCCGCGGUGUCUCUGGUGGAGAGCGUAAGCGUGUUACUAUUGCCGAAGCCUCUCUUAGCAGAGCACCACUACAAGCAUGGGACAACUCUACGCGUGGUCUGGACUCUGCAAACGCCAUCGAGUUUUGCAAAACUCUCCGAAUGGAAACGGAAAUUAACGGCACCACUGCCUGUGUCGCAAUUUACCAGGCACCCCAAGGAGCCUAUGAUCUCUUCGAUAAGGUCCUUGUGCUCUAUGAAGGUCGUCAGAUAUACUUUGGCAAGACGUCCGAGGCUAAGAGCUACUUUGUCAACAUGGGCUUCGAAUGCCCCAGUCGCCAGACUGACGCCGACUUUUUGACGUCCAUGACUAGUGCUUUGGAGCGUGUCGUUCGACCUGGCUUCGAGGACCGCGUUCCUCGCACGCCAGAUGAGUUCGCAAAGCGAUGGUUGGAGUCUGCCGACCGAGCUGCUCUGCUACAAGACAUUGCAGCCUAUGAGCAAAAGUACCCUAUCGGUGGCGAGGCCUCUGAGCGCUUCAAGGAGUCCCGAAAUCUACAGAAGGCGAAGGGCAUGCGCGAGAAGUCGCCAUAUACCCUUUCAUACGCACAACAAAUCACUCUCUGCCUGUGGCGAAGCUUCGUCCGUUUGAAGGCUGACCCAAGCAUUACUAUCAUCCAGCUCGUAUUCAACAUGAUCAUGGCUCUCAUCAUCGCUUCCGUCUUUUACAACCUCCAGGAGACCACAAUAAGUUUCUUCUCCCGAUCCGCCCUACUGUUUUUCGCCAUCCUGAUGAACGCCUUCGGUUCCGCCCUCGAGAUCCUGACACUCUAUGCCCAACGAUCCAUCGUGGAGAAACACUCACGCUAUGCACUGUACCACCCGUCAGCCGAAGCCUUUGCUAGUAUGCUGAUGGAUAUGCCUUAUAAGAUUUGCAACGCUUUGUCCUUCAAUAUGGUCUUGUACUUUAUGACGAACCUACGACGAGAGCCCGGAAACUUCUUCUUCUUCGUCUUACUCUCAUUUACGCUCACGCUUACCAUGUCCAUGCUGUUUCGAUCCAUGGCCGCCUUGUCCCGCUCUCUUGUACAAGCCCUGGCGCCUGCCGGUAUCCUUAUGCUGGGUCUCGUCAUGUACACUGGUUUUGCCAUACCUCCCAGCUACAUGUUGGGAUGGUCCAAGUGGAUGCGCUGGAUCAACCCCGUCGCCUAUGGUUUCGAAUCGCUCAUGGUCAACGAGUUUUCCGGCCGGCAAUUCCGCUGCAACACCUUUGUUCCUUCUGGUCCUGGAUUCGAGAGUAUCACUGGUCUUGGGCGCGCUUGUAAUGCUAUUGGAUCUGUUCCCGGACAGCCCUAUGUUUCGGGAGAUGCCUACAUCAACUCUUCCUUCAACUACCACGCAAAGAACAAGUGGCGCAACUUCGGCCUACUCUGGGUUUUCAUGUUCGGUUUGAUGCUUGUGUACCUCACUGGUACUGAAUACAUCACUGCAAAGAAGUCCAAGGGUGAAGUUCUUGUGUUCCGUCGUGGUCACAAGCUUUCCGCAUCCAAGAGCAAGCCCCAAGAUGAUCUAGAGGCAGCUCCUGCUGGACGCAACGUUGUUGCACAGAACAGUUCAGACGAAAUCGCCAUCAUUGACCGCCAGACCGCCAUAUUCCAAUGGGAGAAUGUAUGCUAUGAUAUCAAGAUCAAGAACGAGCAUCGUCGCAUCCUUGACCAUGUCGAUGGAUGGGUCAAGCCGGGUACGUUGACUGCGCUUAUGGGUGUAUCCGGUGCUGGAAAAACGACUCUUCUGGAUUGCUUGGCUACGCGGACGACCAUGGGUGUCAUUACCGGUGAGAUGUUGGUUGAUGGCAAGCCCCGUGAUGGUUCUUUCCAGCGCAAGACAGGUUACGCCCAACAACAAGAUCUUCAUCUCAGCACUACGACCGUUCGUGAGGCCCUGAUCUUCUCAGCCGUACUCCGCCAACCAGCACACGUCCCUCGUCAAGAGAAACUCGAUUACGUAGAUGAAGUUAUCAAGCUUUUGGAAAUGGAAGAGUAUGCCGAUGCUGUUGUUGGUGUACCUGGUGAAGGCCUCAACGUUGAACAGCGAAAGCGUCUUACCAUUGGUGUUGAGUUGGCCGCUAAGCCUGCUCUUCUUCUCUUCUUGGAUGAACCUACAUCUGGACUCGAUUCGCAGACAUCUUGGGCUAUUCUAGAUCUCCUCGACAAGUUGAAGAAAAAUGGCCAAGCUAUCCUUUGCACCAUCCAUCAGCCUAGCUCCAUGUUGUUCCAGCGCUUCGACCGUCUUCUCUUCCUGGCCAAGGGUGGACGCACUGUCUACUACGGAGAUGUUGGCGAGAACUCGCAAAUUCUAGUAGACUACUUUGUGCGCAAUGGAGGUCCUCCUUGCCCCCCCUCCGCAAAUCCCGCUGAGUGGAUGUUGGAAGUCAUUGGUGCUGCUCCCGGAUCGCACACAGAAAUCGAUUGGCCUCAAGUAUGGCGCGACUCACCUGAGAAGGCUGAGGUCAAGCGUCAUCUCGCUGAACUCAAGAAUACACUCAGGCAGACGAAAUCUCUGGAGCGUACCGUGUCUAACCAGGAACGCGACAAAGCCGCCUACCGAGAGUUUGCAGCACCCUUUUUGGUGCAAAUGCGAGAGACAUUGGUCCGUGUCUUCCAGCAAUAUUGGCGAACUCCGACGUACCUCUACUCCAAGUUGUUCCUUUGUGGGGUCUCAGCCGCCUAUAUUGGGUUUUCGCUCUUCCAAAUGCCCAACACGCAAACGGGCAUGCAGAAUCAGAUGUUCGGUAUAUUCAUGUUGUUGACCAUCUUUGGUCAAAUGCUCCAACAAAUGAUGCCUCAUUUCGUUACACAGCGAGCCUUGUACGAAGUUCGUGAGCGACCUAGUAAGGCCUACUCUUGGAAGGCUUUUAUGCUUUCCAACAUCAUCGUUGAGAUUCCCUGGAACGCUCUCAUGGCUGUUGUCAUCUACUUCUGCUGGUACUACCCGAUCGGCCUCUACAAAAACGCCCAGCCCACCGACGAAGUCGCCUACCGUGGUUUCCAAUUCUUCCUGAUGGUGCUGAUGUUCCUGCUCUUCACCUCGACAUUCUCGUCCAUGGUCAUCGCUGGUAUGGAAACGGCCGAGGCUGGCGGUAACAUUGCGCAAUUGGUCUUUUCGCUUUGCCUCAUCUUCUGCGGCGUACUGGCUCAACCUGGAACUUUCCCCAAAUUCUGGAUCUUCAUGUACCGUGUUUCGCCUUUCACGUACAUGGUCUCUGGCUUACUGUCGUCCGGUCUGGCCAACAACGUUGUCAAUUGCGCACAGAAUGAGCUUAUCCGCUUCGAACCACCCCAAGGCACCACUUGCGGCGAUUAUAUGUCGCCUUACAUCGCUACCAAUGGAGGCAAGCUAUCCAACCCCAACGCCACGAACGACUGCAGAUUUUGCACCAUCGCAACCACCAACAAGUUCCUGGCAAAUAUCUCAUCAAGCUAUUCUGAUUAUUGGCGCAACUUUGGUAUCCUCUGGGUAUAUGUUGUCUUCAAUAUCAUCAUGGCUCUGGUGCUCUACUGGCUCGUCCGCAUGCCCAAGCCCAAGAAGGAGGAGGAGACGCCUGUCGGAAACGGUGCGGGCGAACUCGACGGACCCUCGCACUCUGCUUCUGGGGCACAGGCGGAGAAGAAUGACAAUGAUCCUGCUCGUUACGCUUCCAUCACCGGCACCCACACACCAGUUUCCAAGGAGCUAACGGAGAAGUUGUGAGCGAUGGCUCCUCUUUGAUCUUUGAUUUUAUAGCGAUUUACGUUUUGUUUUCUUCUUAUCGCCUCGCUCCAUCUGCUAUCAGGCAUUUGGCUGUUUGAUUUAAUGAUUUGCAUCAAGACGAUAGAUCUUUAUCACUUGCACUCGUACGCUCAAAUAUCGAGCUACCUCCUUAUGAAGCUACAAAAAGCUGCUAGAAUGUAUAACUUACGACUCCUCAAAUCA